CCGGUCUACAAGCCGGGCUCCUCUCACGCUCCGCGGGUACAAUGUGCGGGUCAGGUCGCUGGAAGCAGAGAAGCGCAACGCGGACAUUAACCUGAGAACCGGCCGCGGGACGACAGAGAGCGACGUGCCCUGCCCGCAGAGAGGGGACUGAACCCGGGGAAGGACUCUGGAGCACCGCGGGCCUUUCACCUUUAUGGACCCGGCGCUAACCUGUUGAGCAUGAAGGAACACACAUCCUAAGAGUCUGGUACUGACGGUGUGGAAGGAGAGAACAGAACAGAACAGAAGAGGAGAGGAAGAGGAGAGGAGAAGCGGAGGAGAAGAGCGUCUGUCAGAGGGGAUUGGACCUUGGUCCCUGUGGGAGCAGAUGGGGGAGACGGAGGACGAGCGGACGGCUCAGGCCAGCCAGCUCUUUGAGAACUUCGUGCAGGCGUCCACCUGUAAAGGGACGCUGCAGGCCUUCAGCAUCCUCUGCCGGCAGCUGGGUCUGGAUCCUCUGGACUACAGCAGCUUCUACAGCUCGCUGAAGGCGGCCGUCAGCACGUGGAAGGUCAAGGCUCUGUGGACCAAGCUGGACAAGAGGGCGCAGCACAAGGUCUACAACCACAGCAAGGCCUGUCCGGGCACCAGGUGUCUGAUCAUCGGCGGGGGCCCUUGUGGUCUGAGAACAGCCAUCGAGCUGGCGCUGCUGGGCUGUAAGGUGGUGGUGAUCGAGAAGAGAGACACCUUCUCCCGGAACAACGUGCUCCACCUGUGGCCCUACACCAUCCACGACCUCAGGGGCCUCGGAGCCAAGAAGUUCUACGGCAAGUUCUGUGCCGGCGCCAUCGACCACAUCAGUAUCCGUCAGCUCCAGCUGAUGCUGCUGAAAGUGAGUCUGAUCCUGGGAGUGGAGAUUCAUGUCAACGUGGAGUUUGUCAAACUUGUGGAGCCUCCAGCGGAGCAGACUGAUGACAGCCCCGGGUGGCGAGCAGAGGUCCGGCCGUCCUCUCAUCCCGUCUCGGACCUCGUCAUCGACGUGGUGAUCGGAGCCGACGGACGCAAAUACACGUUAGACGGUUUCAGACGCAAAGAGUUCCGAGGGAAGUUGGCCAUCGCCAUCACAGCGAACUUCGUGAACAGGAACACCACGGCUGAGGCCAAGGUGGAGGAGAUCAGCGGCGUGGCCUUCAUCUUCAACCAGAAGUUCUUCCUGGAACUCAGGGAGGAAACCGGAAUCGACUUGGAAAACAUUGUUUACUACAGAGACAACACUCACUACUUUGUCAUGACGGCCAAGAAGCAAAGUCUGCUGGACAAACGGGUCAUCUUAAAUGACUACAUAGAGACAGAGCGACUGCUGAGUCCCGAUAACGUCAACCAGGAGGCGCUGCACUCGUACGCCCGCGAGGCCGCCGACUUCGGCACAAACUACCAGCUGCCGUCCCUCGACUUCGCCAUCAACCACUACGGGCAGCCGGACGUGGCCAUGUUCGACUUCACCAGCAUGUACGCCUCGGAGAACGCCGCUUUGAUCCGGGAGAAGCACGGACACCAGCUCCUUGUCUCACUGGUGGGAGACAGUCUGCUCGAGCCCUUCUGGCCGAUGGGCACGGGCUGUGCUCGGGGUUUCCUGGCAGCCUUCGACACGGCGUGGAUGGUGAAGGGCUGGGCACAAGGGAGGAGUCCUCUGGAGGUACUGGCUGAGAGGGAGAGUAUUUACCGACUGCUGCCUCAGACCACCACAGAGAACAUCAGCAAGAACUUUGAGCAGUACGCCAUUGACCCGGCGACACGCUACCCCAACCUCAACUCCAGCUGCGUGCGCCCACACCAGGUUCGUCACUUGUACAUCGAUGGACAGAUGGACUCUUAUAAGCCGGAGAGAGGAGGCCCGACUCGCCGAUCUGUCAACCUGUCCAGAAGAGAGUCGGACGUGCGUCCUGGCCGCCUGCUGACCUGGUGUCAGAAGCAGACUCAAGGCUACAGAGGCGUGGACGUCACCAACCUCACGUCCUCCUGGAGGAACGGCCUGGCCCUCUGCGCCCUCAUCCACCACCAGAGGCCUGAGCUCAUUGACUAUGAGUCUCUAAACGACGAGGACGUAGCCGGGAACAACCAGUUGGCGUUUGACGUGGCGGAGCGAGAGUUCGGCGUCCAGCCGGUGACCACGGGGAAGGAGAUGGCUGCGGAGGCGGAGCCAGACAAGCUGCUCAUGGUCCUCUACCUCUCCAAGUUCUACGAGGCCUUCAGGAAUUCACCGGUGAACGGAGCCAGAGAAGCAGAUGAAAACAGUGAAGGUUAUUCAUCUAAAGCCAACCACAAGCCGCUGAGCCUGCCUGUGCAGAGGAAGAGGAUACCCAGGGAUGAGAAGACAGCAGAAGAUGAUUCUAUUAACAAGAGAAGACGAAAGGGGAACAACUACCUCACAGAGCUGUCCUGUCACAGUGCGCUACCUGCUGGUGAGGACGGGGAGCUGCGGGAGAACAAGGUGCGCUCCAUGGCCACUCAGCUGCUCGCCAAGUUUGAGGAGAACUCGUCCACAGCAAAGACGCACAGCAAGUCUGAUGAAGUCCCUCCUGAUCCAUCCUCUUCUCCUCCUCUGUCUCCUUCCACCUCUCCGCCUCCUCUCUCAGAAGAGGAGGAGGAUGACGAGGGAGAAAAGGAGGAGGAGGAGAGAGAGAACCCCCGGUUUGCAAAGCCCAAAUACGCCCCUCCUCCUCCUCCUCUGCCCCCCACCCGCCCCAAGUGGCAGCCGUCCAUCUACCUUCGCCUGCUGGAGAACUCUCCCAAACCCACUCCCCCUGUGAGCAGUUACAGUCGCUCUCCCUCCCCCUCCUUCUCUAAGAGCCCUCCCCGCUCACCCAGCCCUAAUGUCACCGAGCGUUACUACCCAGAAUGCACCUCUCCUGACCUCGCACCCUGGCGUUUGUCUGCCUCCUCUCUGUCGAGCACUGAUCCUGCAGCUGAUUGGUCAGACGAGUCCGUGCAGCAGAGCAAAGGCCACCAGCAGACCUUUUCUAGGAGGAGCAUAAAGGAGCGAGGCGACCUCCUCUCCUCCAUGUUUCCCACGUCUCAAAAACCUUCUCCUGCUCCUCUUUCUCCUCCUCCUGGGUCCCAGGUGGAAGUCUCUACCUCCUCCCCUCUUUCUUCAUCACCUUCUCCUCCUCCUCCUCCUCCUCCUUCCUCUGUAUCUAAGAGCUCCACCGUCUACCCUGUGGUCCACCCUGUCCCUGAGCCCACUGCCCAGGCUGGUUUCUCCUCUGUCUCCCCCUCCUCUUACUUGUCUGGACACAAAGACAGGACUCGUACAGACUCCUCCAGUCACUCGUCUUACUGUGACUCUGAGAUAACCGAGCUAAUAUCCUCCACUAACGCCGACGCCUCCCAGUGCAAGCACCAAACGUCUCCUCGCCUCUCCAGCUCCUCGUCUUCACUCCCAGUUUCUUUAACACAGAGGAAACUCGAGAAAUCUCCGACUGAUCGGAAAAAUGAUCUGGAAAAACUCAACAAAACGUCUCUGGAGACUUUUGAUGAUGAGAAAUUAUCUGAACAUGAUCACAUGAAGUCCACUGGGAUCUGUCCUCUGGAGACCACCAGACACUUCAGUCCAAAGUCGCUCUCUCGCUCUGAGAGUUGUCCGACCGGAGCGGCUCGUUACAGUAAAGAGCGAAUAGUGGGAAAGGUUUCCUCAGCCAUAGACGCUAAAGCUCAGUUACUGGCCAUCCUGUAUGAGACCGACCACCGGCCCAGUAGCACGCCGUGCGUGGCACGUAAGGACUUCUCUGCCGGGCUCGGCGGCAGCGACGUCUGCCACUUCUGCACCAAGCGAGUGUACGUGAUGGAGAGGCUGAGCGCCGAGGGCUUCUUCUUCCACCGCGAGUGCUUCCGCUGCGACAUCUGCAACUGCACCCUGCGGCUGGGGGGGCACACCUUCGACUCUCAGGAGGCAAAGUUCUACUGUAAGAUGCAUUUCACCCAGCGUCAGUCCAGCUCCCACUCGGGCAGGUUCAAGAGGAGAAUGGACGAUCAGAACCGGGCCACACCCUUGUCUCUGGACGCUGGAAGCUUCUCGGCGACGGGCAGCGGUCAGACCCAUCCCCCAGGUGCAGCUGCCGGUUCUCACUCGGAGCAGUUUGAUAAAUCUCAGAAACGAGUUCCUGACGAGACGGAGACGGGUGUCGAGGCUCUGGAGGCCGACGCCGCCGCGUCUCAGGGUCAAAGCCACGACGCAGCCAAAGGUUCAAACACCAAACAGAACAAUCGAUGGAGGAAGAAGAUCAGAGCGACCUUCCCGCUGAUCUUCAUCAAACACUUCCACAGAAGUCUACCUCUGGACAGAGACACACCGGAGACUGUACCUGAAGACUUUGAGGAGAUCACAGUAGCAGAAAUACAAACUGUACGUUGAACGUCGGAGCCACAGACUCGUCCGGACAGAAGUGAGAAGAGAGAAGAAGCUGCUCCAACAACAGUUUCACCUCCAAAGACUCGACUGAAGAUUUCUGUGGCCGACAAAGAGAAGCUGUUGAACUGGGACGUCGGGCUCACGCCUGAGGAAACAGAACCCAGAGCUCCACAGCAGCAGGAAGUCCAGGUGACGUCAGAGACUGGAGCAGAUCAGCUUCACUCAGACUCGAACCUGGACCAGGACGGAGAAUCAUCCCAGAACCAGACCUCCUCCCACUCCACCUUCCAGCUCAUAGCCAGUGCCUUCAGGAGGAGGUUUAGUGGGACCAAUCCGUCCAGCAGCUCCAACACAGCAGUCACAAUGAGGCCCAAACGAAAUGGGGCCCACAAGCAGAGGCCCCUGUCGGAUGGAGCGUUCAGCUUUGGCUCCCUCUUCAGUUCCAUGAGUCAGGAGGCGUCCAGAGAGAAGGAGGAGCAGCAGGAGGAGCAGCAGCAGCAGGAGGAGGAGGAGAAGCAGCCUGAGGCCCGGGUGGGGCCUGUAGGAGCCGAUCCGUGGGGGGCCGGGCAGGACCUGCCCUCGCUGCUGCAGCAGGUGUCCCUGAAGAGCCGCAGUGCCCAGGGAGGCGGGUUCUCUGACGACAUGGGUUCGCUGCCCCGCAGGAGGCUCGACCUGUUCUCCUCCCUGAGGCUGAGGAAGAGGGAGGUGUCGGACAUCGAUGGGAAGGAGCAGGAGGUGCAGAAGGAGAUCAGGACCAUUCUCACCAACCUCAGAAACAAAGCCUCCAGUCGACAGAAUCUGGACGCUCCUUCCUCCAGUGACGAUGAAGAUGAAAACCUGCCGCUGCGUCAGAAGUUUCAGCUGUGUCCAGAGAGACAGAGGAGGAAGCAGGAGAAGAUCGUGGCUCAGCAGACGAAACGGGAACAACUGAAGAGACUUCACAGAGCCCAGGUGAUUCAAAGACAACUGGAGGAGGUGGGAGAGAAGCAGAAAGACGUGGAGGAGAGAGGAGUCACGAUAGAGAAGAUCAUCCGAGGAGAAACUGAAUCCUCCCAGUCAGAGGACGGUGACGAGGCCCGGUUCUAUCAGUCCUGGUUCAAACUGGUUCUGGAGAAGAACAGGUUGGCCCGCUACGAGUCUGAACUCAUGAUCUUUGCCCAGGAGCUGGAGCUGGAGGACACACAGAGCCGCCUGCAACAAGACCUGCGACGCAGAAUGUCCGUUGAGGAUACGACGAAGAGCGCCUCCCAGCUGCGGGAGGAGCAGGAGAUGCUGUCGGCGAUCAUGAGGACGGUGGAGAAGCGGGACAUGUUGGUGUCUGUGCUGGAGCAGCAGAGGCUGAAGGAGAAGGCCGAGGACCGAGACCUGGAGAGUGUGGUGCUGUCCAAGGGCUACGAGCUCCACUGGGCCCCGGCGGACGAGAGCUGGGGGCAGGAGCGGCAGGAGUGUGAGGGUUGAGCAGGACGGACGCUACCAACCUUUUUAAAGAAACAGAAUUUUAACAUAAUUAAUGUUGUGAGGCUGGAAAAUGUCUUUAAGACGACGGCGAGGCCUCGCUUGUCUUUCACCUGCGGCUGAGCGAAGACUCUAAAGCUGAUUUCAGACUCGGGUCCAGAAAGUUUCUCAUGUGGAGCAGCAGCAGCAGGUUGUCGGGUCCGACCAUUCCGGCGAGGGGCGGAGCCUGUAGAGCAGCAGGAGGUCUCCUCGCUCGUCCUGAAGCUCCAAGUGUUUGUCACUGUGCGAUUGUUUUAAGUCUGUGUCAUAAAAACAGAGAUGUGUGUUAUUUUAGUCACUGUUGGGCACUUUGUGUGAGUGCAAGACUUCUUGUGCGUGUUUUAAUAUUUGUUUCACUUUGUGCUUGAACACUCACAAAUAAUAUUUAAUGGUAUUUACAAUCGGACACUAAUGAACACAGGUGAAACGUUAUCCUGUCUGCAGGUGUGAGUGUGUGUUUGUGUGAGUGUGUGUUUGUGUGUGUGUGUGAUGUAGCUUCUCACUGGACAGAAAUACGCUGCUGCUCGUCACAGCUCAAACUGUGAUGUCACAGGUCAAACUGUGAUGUCACAGCCCCGGAGCUGCUGGUCAGAGAUGUGACGUGAACAUUCUUCUCAAUCAGAGGAGAUUCUCCUGAUUCUGCUGUCGAGUUACGUGUUUACAUGAAUCUUAAUAUUUGAAUAAGGAGCAAACACUUUCUCCUCUUAGGCUUUAAAAGUUUGAUCAUGAUGUGAAUUAACACUAAAUUAAUUAAGUUAUGUUUUCAUGUGAUGUUUCUGUUCAUUUCAGUUUUAUGCUGCUUCAAAUCUUUUAAAAAAGAAUCUUUAAUAAAAAUUUAUAUAAAAUGUUGAUAA